UGCAAUUACCGUUAUUAUAAAUAAAAAAGAGAGAGCUACAAGAACAGUUGUAUUGUAAUAGUUUCUGUUAGGGACAGGUAAUACCGUUUCGAUUUUGUCGGAGACUCCAGAAAAAAUGAGUAUUGUUGCUCCAUUAACCUCUGCAUGAGUGUUCUAUUGUUGGACAAUGAGAUUUCAUGUUUCAACAUUUGGAUAUCAGUUACGAAUUUUGAACAUUACGCCAUUGAAACCCACAACUAGAGUUUUCUAUCAACCCAUAAAGUAUAGAAAUUUUCAUUCCCCCGUUUCAUCUGGGACUCCACCGAAAGCCCAUUUGGACUCUGAAAAAAGCCACAGAACCAGUAAAUCUCUUGUUUCAUUCAACGCCCGGAUCACGAAACAUGGAAGAAAUGGUGAUAUUAGAGAAGCUGAGUCAGUUUUCUUUGGUAUGCCGAACAAAAAUAUCAUAUCUUGGACAGCCAUGCUUUCUGCUUAUGCGCAAAAUGGAGACAUUGACAAUGCACGGAAGAUGUUUGAUAAAAUGCCUGAACGAAGUAUUGCUUCGUAUAAUGCGAUGAUAACAGCUUAUAUUAGGAAGAAUUGUAUGAUAAAUGAAGCUUUUGAGUUGUUUUCUGGGAUGUUUGAGCGGAAUGCAAUCUCUUAUGCUGCUAUGGUUACGGGUUUUGUGCAAGCGAGGAUGUUUGACAAGGCGAAGAAGUUGUACUUUGAGAUGCCAACUGAAUUGCGAGAUCCGGUUUGUUCCAAUGCGUUGAUCAGUGGCUAUUUGAAGCUGGGAAGGUUAGAAGAGGCACUAUGUAUUUUUGAUGGAAUGUUGGUUAAGGAUGUGGUUUCGUGGAGCUCCAUGGUUGAUGGGUAUUGCAAAGCAGGAAGGGUUGAUGAUGCUAGAUAUUUAUUUGAUAAGAUGCCUGAUAGAAAUGUGGUUACCUGGACAACGAUCAUUGAUGGGUAUAUGAAGAGUGAGAAUUUUGAAGAAGGGUUUAAAAUGUUUCUAAAUAUGAAAAGAGAAAGUAGAGUGGAAGUUAAUCCCAUUACUUUGACUGUAAUGUUUGAGGCCUGUGGCAGUUUGUCAAAAUAUGAAGAAGGUAUUCAGAUGCAUGGGUUAGUUUCACGAAUGGGAUUAGAGUUUGAAGUCUUCUUAGGAAAUUCUAUCAUUACCAUGUAUUGCAGAUUUGGCUGUAUAGAUGCAGCUAGUAAGAUGUUCCAUAUGAUGACCAAGAGAGAUGUAGUAUCAUGGAAUUCCUUGAUUGGUGGUUAUGUUCAAUGUUCUGAAAUGGAAAAAGCUUUUGAAGUUUUUGAGAGGAUGCCUAAGAAGGAUGUAGUUUCUUGGACGACUAUGAUUUCAGGAUUUUUUAGUGAAGGGCUGACUGAGAAAGCCGUCCAAUUGUUUGGAAUGAUGCCCAUAAAAGAUACUGUUUCUUGGACUGCUAUAAUUUCUGGCUUUGUUAAUAAUGAGGGAUAUGAAGAAGCUUUUCGUUGGUUUACUGAGAUGCUAGGCAAUGCUAUCAAGCUUACUCCAAUUACUUUGAGCUGCAUGCUCAGUGCAUCAGCUGGUUUAGCAACUCUGAACCAAGGAUUACAAAUCCAUGCUGUAGUAAUAAAGAUGAAUAUGGAUUUCGAUUUGCGGAUCCAAAAUUCUCUAGUCUCAAUGUAUAUGAAAUGUGGAAGCUUUCCUGAUGCUUGGCAGGUUUUCAUGAAUAUUGAUUCACCAAAUACCGUUUCUUUUAACUCGAUGAUUAGUGGACUUGCACAAAAUGGUCUUGCCAAAGAAGCACUAAAUUUAUUUAGCAAAAUGCAGAAUAAAGGAUGCAAGCCAAACCAAGUUACCUUUCUUGGUGUUCUUUCAGCUUGCGUCCAUGUGGGAUUAGUAGAAGAUGGGUGGAAAUACUUUAAAUUGAUGAAAUCUUUAUACAAUAUUGAAGCAGUGGCUGACCAUUAUGCUUGCAUGGUCGAUCUCCUUGGUCGAGCAGGGUUACUAGAUGAAGCUAUGGAGUUGAUCCACUCAAUGCCCUUUGAGCCUCAUCCUGGAGUUUGGGGUGCCCUUCUUGGAGCAAGCAUGACACAUUUACGUCUUGAUCUUGCAGAAGUGGCAGCUCAACAACUUAUUGAAUUGGAACCUGAUAAUGCAACUCCUUAUGUGGUCAUGUCUAACUUGUGUUUUGUUUCUGGGAAAAAAGAUGGUGAGCAGCUAAGGAUGAGCAAGAGAUUAAAGAGGAUAAGGAAGAGUCCAGGUUGUAGCUGGAUCAUGGUGAAGGAUAAGGUUCAUUUGUUUCUUGCAGGAGAUCAAUCUCAUAUGGAGAUAGAACAUAUUAAAGCUGUACUCUCAAUGAUAAUGAUAGACAUGAGACAGCUGCACUUUCAUGGUUAAGGACAACUCAUUCUUCAGCUUGAACUUUUUUCUUGGUAAAAUAUUUACAUGUUUUCAAGUAUACAUUUUCAUUAUGCUUGAUGAGAAAUUAAUGUGAAGCUAUUAGGGCUUUCUCUAGCAAGAAAAUGAAGUUUGUCAUUUGUUUAUGAGAAGUCUUUGUCUUGAGGAGAAAUUAAACCAAGGGCACUUACUGAAGAGCAUGCAAGGGACAACUUUGAAAAUCUUCUCUUCAGUGUGUGCUGGUUCUGAGUACAAACAUGCACAUAUUCUCAGAACAUAACAGUAAGUUCAGUUUAUUUGAAACAUUCUCUUAUAUACCUUUGGUAGAAAAUAAAAAAACUGUUAUGGAGUUGCCUCACUGUUUUGUGUUUGAUAUCAAAUGCGGAUGCUUUUUAAAAGGCUAUUUUGAUGAUCAAGUCAUUUCUGAAUUAAAUUAGUUUUGACAUAUCUCAUGCCACAAAUAUCAAGAUAGAGUAUGCAUAAUGGGGCUAAGCUUCUAUUUGGCUGAAUAUGUGUUUGUAAUUAGCAGGAAAAAUGUACAGCAUCAUAGAGGUGAAGAUGUUUUGUUAGUAUAUAAUGGAGAGAUGGGAUUUGGAGAAGUCUAAGAUGCAAUAUAGAAGAGUGUAAUAAUUCUCAGAGCAAUUGUGGGAGUUAAUAGUCCAGUAACUAGGCUGCAACUUGAGUCAUUGAAGCUAUUUUGUUUUCUUUCUUUUAUUUGUUCUUUAUCGACUAUUCUGUUACCUAUGAUUUGAACGCUGAGAGUUUUCAACAACUGCAUUUGCACUAUCUAACAACAAGUCUUUGUAUAUUAAAAGUGGCUAUCUAAUGAAAAAAAUUGGUUUAGCGGUGUUUUUUCUCCUUUCGUUAAACUUUACAGUUCUGUUAAAUAUAUAUACACCUACAAAUCUAAUUAUUUUAUUGCAAUUUAAGAGAUUCUAGUCUCAAAUCUCAAAACUAUUCUUCUCUAGGGUUUUUGUUCUUGCAAAUGAUGCUUUAUGGAUCAAACUUCUGCAUGUCAACAUGUCUCUGGAAGCCCUUCCAAUAGUACUAAAUUACUUAUUAAAACUUUUUGAAGAGUUUGCCAAGAAUACAGGAAACAACAUCGGCCUCUCAUGAAGUAUUUGACUCAAAAUCGAAAUGGAGUUUCCAUUAGGUGUGGAUACUUAAUACUUAUCUAGAGCUAUGGGGAAAUUGAUUCAAGAUAUGAGAGAAGGAAGUGUAAAGAUAAGUGGCGUGGCUUGUUUUUUUAUAAUGAUGGGAAAUAUAGUGGAGAAGACUAUACCAAAUAUGCAAGUGAAAGAGUGUUAAGCAAAGCUAUGGUAAUUUUGCCUCUGGAUCAAAUGAACAAGAUGAAGACUUAAAAAAUCGGUACACAUUUCAUCAAUAAAAUGAACAAGAAUUUAAUGUGACGUAAUUUGAAGACUAUUACUGAAUGAUGAUAUGCUAAUAUUGAUACUACAUUUAGUUGUUAAAAGUAAAUUAGUUUUGCUUGAUCAUAAAAUAAAAUGCUCAUAAAUUUACGGAUGAAACCUAGCUUUUGCUUUUCCAUGUGUUGUGUUUUGAUGAAGCCUUAAAUUAUUUAUGGAAUCUGUUUGUGUCUUUACUUACACAUUGUAUUUUGUGCUGAGGGGAUUGAGCUUAUACUGUGGUGCAUUACCAAUAUGUUUCUAAUUUUUACAUGAUAAUGAGUGAAAAUGGUGUUUUCUGAAUUCCUCUAUAUUUUUAUGAGACUACAAUACUCACUGCUCUACCUUUGUCAUCCAAAUAAAUGUUCAUAAAUCUGAUAUUAGCAUUUGUUACUGAUUCUCACGCUGUUUAUUCUAGAGUUUGUUUGCCUAUGCAUUUUGUUAGUAUUGUAUAAGUUGUGGUUUACAGCUUUAGUGGUCUUAUAGUUUUGAUAAUUUUCUAGGAAAUCAACUUUUAAAGUGAAGGAUCAGUUUUAAAGUUUAUAAACCAGAUAUAAUUGAUUCUAAAGGUUUAAGCAUAUAAAGAAGCUCAGUACUAUUGUUUGUACUAUGAACGAACCACUCGUAUAGAUUUUGAGUCAUUAUUCUCUUAUACACUUUUUUGUAAGUUUUUUUUCUUUUGUCCCUUUUCUUUUGAUAUGUUCAAUUUAGAUUAGCUUUUCCUUUUUUGAGUUUAUGUUUUGUUUUGUUGUUUCAGUGACUAUUAUAUAGGAUUUCCUUUUCAUUUAUAUCUAUAUUGUGUUUCACUUGAUACUAUCUCAAGCUUGAUCUUUAGGUUUGUAUGCCAUAUAAUUCUUUUUCAUUCAUUUUUUCCCCUUUAAUUCAAAAGAUGGUUGAAAUGAUAUUUGAGUGAUUCUAUGUUUGAUAAAAUGACUCAAAAGUAUGAUUUCCUCACAUUUAGCAUUGGUUGAAUUGAGCUAUUGAGCUAUUAUUUGAGUUUGUGCAAUUAUUUGUUUUUGAAGCUUUAAGUUUAUAUUGGUUUUGAUUUCCCAUUUUUAUGUUGAGUAGAUACUCAUGAGAAAAUUACAUUUUAUACCCAUUUUAUUUUAUUUGUUUUAAUUUUUACCUUUAUUUCCAUAUUCUUUAAGAUAUAUUCACUUUUAAUAGAUGUGCCUAUUAUACCCUUUACAUAAAUGUAAAUUAUGUAUUACACUUAAGUAGAAGGUAAGUAUAUAUUAGACAAUUCACUCAUAAAAGUUGGUAGAUUUUAAUUAAAUAAAAUAUGAAGGUAUUUUUAAUUAAUUGAUACAAAAAAAGUAUUCCUCAACUUAUUCCCAUACUCAUUCUCACCAAUGUUUUUGGUAAUGCUAUGUUAAGUUAUACAAAGUUCAUAUUAACUUUCAUUUCCCAUAUAUGUUUUUGAUUGCUCUGCUGCUCAAAAUAUUGUGAAUAGUUUCAUUAAGCUAAAGUAUUAACUCAGGUAUAUAAUGAUUUAAAUUUAAUAUAUGUAUUGAUAAGUUUGAGGUUAUUAUGGGAAAUGAUUUCAGUAAUUUAGAUAUAAGUUGUUAAACGAAUGAAAAAGUGUUUAAAAAUGUAAAGGAAUGAUUUGUUUAAUUAA